AUCUUACUGGCUCUGUUUGACUGGUAGAACCCUGACUGAUACACUAUCCUUAAAAUCAGAACAAAACAAAACAACACCUGCUUAAUCCUGCAUCUCUCUGUUACCACAUAAACUCUGUCUUCCCUUCUUAUCUAAAAACAUUAUCCUACAUUCACCACCUCUACAUCCUCCCUUUGCCAUCACCCCUUGAGCUACAGUCCCAUUUAUUCAACUGGAGAAUUGGACAUAUUCUUGUGGGCAGCCCAUGAGCAAUCUCACCUCAGUAUAUCAAAAGUUAUCUCCUUAUCCCUGCCUCCUACCUAAAACUGCUCUUGUUUUGAAUGCCAUAUCUCAAACUCAAAGCAAAAAUCUGGAAGUCAUACUAGACUUCUAAGUACCUAAAUAUCAGACAUCUAAGUCAGUCAUACUAUCUUCAGUGCCAAUGUUUGAAUUCAGACAUUCAUCAUGUCUUGCCUCAUUUUGUAACAGAUUCCUUUACUUCCUUACUCCCAGCCUCAUCUCCUUCAAAUCUGUUCUCGAGUGCUCUUCCUUUGAUGGAAGGUGAUUAAACUACCCUGCCUAAGUCUCAGUGACUCCCUUAUCACCUACAGCAAGGGCUCCCCAAUCCAGAGCACUAGCACAAGGAUCUUUUAAAAAACACAGAUUAGGGCCCUACUCAGACCUAAUGAAUAAGAAUUUCCAAAGGGGGGGGGGCCUGAAAAUUUCUGUUUUUAAAAGCUAUCCAGGUUAUCAGGCAGUUUUGGGAACCACCAGCCUUCAGAGUAAAAUCCAAAUUCUACCCACGAUCUGAGACCACCACUCCCAGCUUCCUCCCUCAGCACACAUCAUGCUCCAGCAAUACGGAUCCAGGACUAGCGACUCUUCCAACCCAUGUUGUUCAACACCUCUGUCAGGAAUGUCCUUCCUCCCUUAUCUGCCUGAGAAAUUUCUAUUCAUCCUUUAAGAACUCCAUUCAAGCAUCAGCUGGUCUCUUAUUCAGCCAGUAAACAUUACCAAACUCAUGACAUUGUACGCGUUAAAUAUGUGUGGUUCUUUGUAUAGCAAUUAUACCUCAAUAAAACUGUUCAAAAUGUAUUAAGGUCCUACUACAUGCCAGGCUCUGAGCUAAGCACUGAGAUAUAAAGAUCAGGGAGCUGUAUUGGUGGCACCACCUUCAUGAGCUCACAUGCCACUGGGGAAGGAGACAUACAAAUGCACAAGUGAACACAAUACAGUGAGGUAAAUUAUGAGAGAGUCUGUGCUAGGCUGAAUAACGGCCCCCAAAGAUGUCCACAUCCUAGUCCAAAGAACCUGUGAAUAUGCUACUUUACAGUGCAAAACAGGUUUUGUAGACGUGAUUAAGUCAAAGAUUGUGAGAUGGGGAAAUUAUCCUGGGUGAUUUUGGUGGGCCCAAUGCAAUCACCAAGGUCCUUUUAAGACGAGGCAGGCAGAAGGGUGAGAGAAAGAGAGGGUGGAGAGAGAUUGGAAGAUGCUAUGCUACUGGCUUUGAAAAUGAGAGAUGGACACAUGAGCCGAGGAAUGCAGGUGGCCUCUAGAAGCUGGAAAAGCAAGGAAAUGAUGAAUUCUCCCCGAAAGCCUCAUAGUGCUGGUAAACGGCAGAACUGGAAUUCGAACCUUGACGGUGUGUCUCCAGAAACCACUAACAACCUCUCUAAUACGUUACGGUUGGGGCCUUACGUACUUAAGUAGGACGGCAUCACUGUGGCUGAAGGUUAAUGAACUAUUAGAAAGACAUUAACGAGGUGAGGAUCAGUAGAACUUGGAACACCGUGUGUCUAGGACACUGGGAGAGGAUGGGGUUGAGGGAGUCAGACGGCCUCCAAGCUUCUUUGAUGUGAUGGCGGUGCUGCUGCUCAAGACGGAGGAGCUUGACUAUGUCAAACUCCGCCUUUCCCAGUCCCUUCCCCGCAUCGCAAGAUGGCAGCGGAGCCGCCGGGCCCGGAGCCGUGGAAUCGCGUGCGGAUCCCCAAGGCGGGGAGCGGCAGCACCGUGACGGUGCAGGCGCCCGGCGCCGCCCUGGACCUUUGCAUUGCAGCUGUAAUUAAAGAAUGCUGUCUUGUCACACUGUCACUGAAGAGUCAAACCUUAGAUGCAGAAACAGACGUGUUAUGUGCUGUCCUCUACAGCAAUCACAACAGAAUGGGCCGCCACAAGCCCCACCUGGCCCUCAAACAGGUUGAACAAUGCUUAAAACGUUUGAAGAGCAUGAAUUUGGAAGAUUCAAUUCAAGAUAUGUCUGAGUUGCUUUCUCCCAGUGAAAAUCAGCCUGUAACUACCAAGGCAUGUGUCAUCCCCAGCCAACCAGUGGUGGAAUUGGUGUUGAUGAAGAUUUUGGGAGCCUGCAAGUUGUUACUUCGCUUGUUGGACUGCUGCUGCAAGACAUUUCUCUUGACUGUGAAACACCUAGGUUUGCAAGAAUUCAUUAUUUUAAACCUUGUGAUGGUUGGGAUAGUGAGCAGGUUAUGGGUUCUGUAUAAAGGCGUUUUAAAAAGGCUGGUUUCUUUAUAUGAGCCGUUGUUUGCAUUGCUUCAGGAGGUCUCUAGGAUUCAACCAUUGCCUUACUUCAAAGAUUUCACCUUUCCUUCUGAUAUUGCUGAAUUUUUAGGACAGCCCUAUUUUGAAGUCUUUAAGAAAGAAAUGCCUACAGCUUUUGCAGCUAAAGGAGUAACUAAAUUGCUAAAUAAACUGUUUUUAACAAAAGAGCAAUCACCGAGGUCCAGUGAAGAAACUUUACUUAGAAUUUCCAAAAAGGCUCAACAAAUGAAGAUCAAUAUACAGAACAGUGUGGAUCUUGGGCAGCCAGUAAAGAAUAAGAAAAUCUUCAAAGAAAAGUCAUCAGAAUUUGAUGUGAGGGCCUUCUGCAAACAGCUGAAACAUAGGGCUGUUCAGGAAACCAGCUCUGAGUUCAGAUGUUCUAAAUCCAAACUGAAGGCAAGCAAACAUUCUUCUCAGAAAGGGACAGGAACUCCUUGUGCCAAAAGCUUUGUGCAAAGAUUCCGAGAAGCUGAGACUUUUACACAACUUUCUAAAGAAAUCCAAAAGGCAAUUCUGUGGAGCAGGAGCAGAAAACUCAAGGCUCAGGCCACCUUUCUGGGUAACAAACUUCUUAAAAGUAACCGGCUUAAACACGUGGAAGCUCAAGGCUAUAGUUUGCCAAAGAAAUUAGAGUGCAUAAAAACAUCCAUUUGCAACUGCCUUCUUCGUGGCUCAGGUAUCAAAACUUCAAAGCAUCAUCUGAGACAAAGAAGAUCACAGAAUAAAUUUUUACUGAGACAGAGGAAACUGCAGAGAAAGUUGCAGUCGACUCUUUUAAAGGAAAUUCAGCCGUCCCCUCCAGAGACAAGGAGUGCUACGGAUACCAGUAAACGGGGACCCUCUCACUGCACAGUUCAUAGAACUGACUUCUACCCUAACAGUAAGCACCUCCUCAGCGGCAGAGUUUCACGUCCUGUCCUACCGACUAAGGAGAAACAAAUUCAUGGAAAUCUUACAGGAAGCGAUGAAAAUGAAGCUGAUUCACGGACAGUGAUACAAAUCAAUAAACAUAAUACAUCAGGAACCAUGAAGAAGACAGAUGACAUUGAUGAUAUUUUUGCUUUAAUGGGAGUUUAGAUGCUCAUAUGUGAGACUUUUAAGUGAUUAACAGACUGGUCCGGUGUCCUGCUGUAAGUGGAACCGCUGAGAUCUGGAAAGGUCUGGAAGUACCACUUGGACUCAGAGAGGAGCAGCUUUAGUGCAACUCUGUACAGCAGAAAAUUCGUUUCCGUUCAAUAAACAUUUAUAGUAGCUUUGUGUCAUUUAA